UUAAGUGCUACAUUAUGAAAGAAGUGUAGGAGUACCAUCCUGUUAAUAAGGAAUCCAAAGUGGAUCUCCCACACAGCCCUUUGAUAAUGUAUUUUUGAGUUUGGAUACUGACCUAUGUUAAUACUGGAUGCUAUUAGAUGAGGAUCCAGAGCUGGUGCGGAACAUCUGUCGCUGGGUUAGACAAGCUGUUCAGAUUCCUUUCUUUGCCAAGCUGACCCCAAAUGUCACUGAUAUUGUGAAUAUUGCGAUGGCUGCGCAGGAAGGUGGCGCAGAUGGUGUUACAGCCACCAACACGGUGUCAGGACUGAUGGGACUGAAAGCAGACGGCACACCUUGGCCAGCAGUUGGUGCAGGACUGAGGACCACAUAUGGUGGCGUGUCAGGUAGAUGUUGCCCUUUUUGAUGCAUACUGCUUCCU